AUGGACAUAAAGGCCCGUUCGAAGGCCAUGCGCGAGAUCCUCACAAGAUUGGUAGAGCGAUCGAACGGGACCAUCGAAGUCAAGGUCUUCGGUGACAAGGUCAUCCUAGACGAAGACGUCGAGAACUGGCCUCGGUGCGAUGUCCUCAUUUCGUUCUUUUCCACCGACUUUCCCCUGGACAAGGCAAUAUCGUACGUCAAACUACGGCGUCCGUUUUGCAUCAACGACCUCGCCCCGCAAGCCUUGCUCUGGGACCGCCGUCUUGUCGGAGCAGUCCUUGACCACCUAAAGGUUCCGACCCCGCGUCGCCUAGAAGUUUCUCGCGAUGGCGGCCCGAAAGUGGACGAGGAGUUGCGCGACAUCAUGAAGAAGAAGAUCGGUCUUGCGUUGGGCGGUUUCCAGGUCACCCCCGAGGUGACCAUGAGCGACGACGGCAACGCGAUCAUCAUAGACGGGCAGGUCAUGGAGAAGCCUUUCGUGGAAAAGCCCGUUAGCGGCGAGGAUCAUAACGUGUACAUCUACUUCCGCGGAGGUGGAGGCCGUCGCCUUUUCCGUAAGGUCGGCAACAAGUCGAGCGAACUAGAUCCGCAACUUAACUUUCCUCGCACCGACGGUUCGUACAUCUACGAGAAGUUCGUGGACGUCGACAACUCCGAAGACAUCAAGGUAUACACUGUCGGCAAGGACUACACACACGCCGAGACGCGCAAGUCGCCAUUCGUAGACGGCGUUGUGCGGCGCAACACAGAGGGCAAGGAGAUUCGCUUCAUCACGCACCUGAGUGAGGAAGAGAAGACGUGGGCUUCUCGCAUCAGUGACGGCUUUGGUCAGAUGGUCUGCGGCUUCGACAUGCUGCGCUGCGAUAACGGCAGGACAAGCCAGGUCAUUGACGUCAACGGAUGGAGUUUCGUGAAGGGUAAUGACACAUACUACGACAAAACCGCCGAGAUACUCGCAUCUUUGUGCGUAAGAGUCGCUGCCUCCCCGGAGCGUGCCCUUCCUGCCGCGGAAGCGACGAUCGAAGAGCCCACCUGGCUGCUCAAGGCCAACGUGACCGUCUUCCGCCAUGCGGACCGUACGCCCAAGCAGAAGCUCAAAUUCAACUUCCCGAUCGGCGAGCAUUGGACGCAGCCGUUCGUCACGCUGCUCAAUGGCGAGCGCGAGGAGAUUAUCCUGCGCGAACGGGCACAGCUCAACCUCAUCGCCACUGCUGUCGAGGAGGCCAAGGGCCUCGGCGCGGAUGGCGAGGACCUCGUGAAACUGACGCAGCUGAACAACGCGUUGUUCAGCAAGAUCGACCUUCCUGGCACGAAGGCGCAGCUCAAGCCGGUGUACUCGAAGAAGUCGGCUGGUCAAGUUCGCAAGCUGACGAAGUUAACGCUCGUUUUCAAAUGGGGCGGCGAGUUUACUCAUUCUGCACGAUACCAAUCGCGCGACUUGGGAGAGAACAUGAAGAAGGACAUCUCUAUAAUGAACAAGGACAUCCUGAAGAACGUUAGGAUCUACACCUCAUCCGAGCGCCGCGUCGUGGCCUCUGCCGAGAUAUUCGCUGCGGCCCUCUUCGACAACACCACAUCCGGGACCGGCCCGAGCUCAUUAUCCGCGAACAGCGGCGCGCCGUCGUCGCGUUCUUCCCAAGAUGGCGGCCAUCCCUCCGGCAGCCAGUUCAGUACGCGCCGCGAGAAUUCUAUGCCCGCAGUCCGGCCGCCGAAGCUCAUCGUUCGCAAAGACCUGCUUGACGACUCGAACGCGGCUAAGGACUUGAUGGACGACGUGAAGAAGCGGCUCAAGAUAUUGUUGCGCCCGGGCGAGCCGGAAAAGCGACCGGAGCUGACGUGGCCGAAGAGCAUGAAGAAGGAGCCAGUGGAGGUCGUCAAGGAAGUGAUUGAACUCCUAAGCAAGUUUCGCGACAUCAUGCGGCGCAAUUGGGAGACGGAGGACGUGGACCGCAUUCAGGAGCGCUGGUGCUGCGGUGACGAGCCCUGGCUAUUCCGCGAGCGCUGGGAGAAGCUCUUCGAGGACUUUUGCGACGUCAAGCAGGAAAAGUUCGACCCGUCACGGGUGUCGGAGCUGUACGACACGAUCAAGUACUGUGCGUUGCACCACCGCACGUUCUUGUUCUCGAUCUUCAGCGAGCACGGCGAGGGUGUCGAGCAGCAGGGCCAGGACCGCCGCCUGCACGAGCUGUAUGGCCGUGCGAAGGCGCUCUUCGACCUCGUCGCGCCGCAGGAGUACGGCAUCGAGCCCGAAGAGAAGGAGGAAAUCGGCGUGCUGACCUCACUGCCGCUUCUGCGCAACGUUGUGGGCGACCUCGAGCGGGCGCGGAACAACGAGGAGUGCGGGCUCACGCUCUACUUCACGAAGGAGAGCCACAUCCACACGCUCGUGAACCUUGUCCUGCUCUCCGGCGUGCCUAUCGCGAAUCGGCGCAUCCCGGAGCUCGACUACUGCGCGCACAUAACGUUCGAGCUGUACGAGCGUAACCAUGGGCGCGGCAAGUCGGACAAGGAGUACUCGAUCAAGCUCUCGCUCAGCGAAGGCGCACACUCGUCCAACGUGCUCGACUCCGCGCUCGACGCGCGCCACUCGCUCAACGUGCAGCCGCGCAGGAAGCUCACGCAGCACCUACCCUACAGCCUCGUCAUCGAACGGCUUUCCAAGCACUUCGGGCGUGUCUCGGACGACGAUGACACAGGCCCGGACACCCCGUACGAGACGAUCGACGCGCUGCAGGCCCCGGUAGCGUCCACCGCACCGCUAGACGAUCCCUGACUCGGGGCCGCGGACGACCGGCAGUCCGCUGCGACGCCGUCGUUCGUCCUGCCGCCUCCCGGGCUCGAGGCCACGCCGGCGCAGGCGUCGGCCCCGGUUCCGAUCCUCGCAAGCCACUCCAUAGACCCGCGGUGCGCCGGGAUGCGCUGGUGCAUCCCUGCGAUGUCCUGUAAAUCGCCUGCGCACAGCCAUGCGGCUCGGUAGAGAGCCCAAAGACGAC